CUUUGUUCUAUACUAAUAAAUAUGUCUGAGAUAAUAUCAGUACCCGAAGAGCCAAGUAAUGGGUCGGAUGUUGUGAUUGAAAAUAUUAGUGUGGUAUCUUCAGCUCCACGCAACGAAGAUAAAACCCAAAUUCAAGGCUCAGUUAUGAGUUUUCAUCAUAUCAAGUAUACCGUUGAUUUGCGCAAAUCUUGCUGUGGUCCUUGUCGUGAUGUUGAAAAGAAGGCAAUUCUUGACGAUGUCAGUGGCAUUAUGCGGCCUGGUCUGAAUGCUAUCAUGGGUUCUACUGGAAGUGGAAAAUCGUCUUUAUUGGAUGUUUUGGCUAAUAGAAAAGAUCCCGCCUGGUGUGAAGGAAACGUUCUCAUAGAUGGACAACCCAUACCCAGAAAUUUCCGAAAUUACAGUGGUUACGUAACUCAAAAUGACUUGAUGGUUGCGACUAUUUCGGUUCGAGAAUCUCUAUGGUUCAGCGCAAAUUUGAGAAUGCCGACAACAGUCUCCCGAGUGGAGAAGGAAGAAAAAAUUGAGAAAAUAAUAGAAGAUCUUGGUUUGAGUUCUUGCGCUGACACAAAGAUUGGCAAUGAUAUCAUACGUGGCAUCUCUGGAGGAGAGAAAAAAAGAACUUCUAUUGCUCUAGAGCUCAUUUUGGAACCUAAAAUACUUUUCUUGGAUGAACCAACCACUGGCCUGGACGCUGCAACCGCUUGGUCAGUCAUGAUGCUUCUCAAGAAACUCGGUCGACAAGGACACACAAUCGUGUGCUCUAUUCACCAACCUCGCUACAGUAUCUACAAGCUACUCGAUACUCUCACACUACUGUCCAAAGGAAACCUUGUUUAUCACGGCCCCAAUGAAGACGCGCUAGCAUUUUUUGAGAGCCUUGGAUAUAUUUGUGAAAUGCAUGACAAUCCGGCUGACUUUUUUCUCGAUGUUUUAAACGGACAUCACGCUAAAUCCACGUCUAGUGCUGAAAACUCCGACACAAAAGAAAAGGAUUUGACAGUAGAGUUAAAGAGUGCAUACCAAAAACUAGAAAAGGCACAGGGACAACAGGAAGAGCUGGACAAAAUCGAGGAAUCAUCUGCAACUGUCAAAGUAGUUUCGGGUCGCAUGUAUUCUACCGGCACUUUCCAUCAGUUCGGCGUUUUACUGAAACGAACAGGACAGAAUAUGGUACGCAAUCCACAAUCACUUAUUGGAAACAUGGUUGUUAAUGUGCUGAUUGGACUAGCUUUUGGAUUGUUGUAUUAUCAGGUUGACGACAGUCCCGACAAAGGGGUACAAAAUCGUUUAGGAGUUCUGUUCUUUAUUUCCACAAAUCUUCUUUUUGGUGCUACAUUGGUCAUUGAUAACUUCAUCAAGGAAAGGGAAAUUUUCAUCCACGAACACGUUUCCGGAUACUACAGUGUCUUUGCUUAUUUUAUAGCAAAAGUUCUUGCUGAUCUAAUUCCGUUGAGAACCAUAUCCCCGAUCAUAUUUUGCUCGAUAACAUAUUGGAUGGUUGGAUUCAAAGCAGACCCGGGAACAUUUUUUGUAUUUUUAUUGACGGUGGUAUUGGCAGGGUAUUCUGCAGUUGGCAUCGGCCUUUUUUACUCGUCAACCUUUCAGCCCCCCGUGGGCCAGUUAGUUAUGGUACUUACAUUUAUUUUCACCAUCAUCUUCUCUGGACUUCUAAUCAACGUUGAUAGUGUGAUGCCUUGGUUAUCGUGGUUGAAGUAUCUCAGCGUAGCACGUUACAGUCUAGUAGCAUUGAGCAUAAAUGAAAUGCGAGGCCGCGUUUUUACCUCCUGCAACAACAUAACAUCACUUGAAAUGUCUAGUUCAUUUGGUUCGGUUCCUUACAGCAAUAUGACCAAGUACGACAACGGUACUGUGUGUGUCACAGUCAAAGGAGAAGAAUUCCUUCAUACGAGUUUAGCAAUUGGAACCAGUGCCGCAGAUAUUACAGAUUGGGAUAUGUGGCAAAAUCACGUAGCUUUGUCGUGUUUUGUUGUGGGUCUGUUCUGCUUAACCUACAUUCAACUAACUCGAGUAAAAACCUACUCAUAAUUCCGAUUAUGAAAUAAUAUCUAGUCCUACCACUAGAUGCCAAGAUUUGAUAAUGGAAGUUCCUUAUAAACCGUUAUAUUUUGUUUCAUGCCUUGUAUCAUACACGUUGUUCAUUAUUGGCUUCCAUUUUUUGACAAAUACAAUUACUUUAUGCUGA